AUGUCAGACAUCUGUCCAAUUGAAAAGAAAUGUGCGCGAUGUGGGAAACUACUCACCGUCCGCGACUUUUUAAGGGACUCAAUGUACUGUAAAGAAUGUAAAUUAGACAUUAGUUUGUCAAACGAAAAGACACCACCUCAUGUUAGACGGUCGUCACGAAUAAGAAAACAUCAAUUGGAACAAGGCGUAAAAAUCAAAGAAGAUGCCUUAAAUGGAUUACCAGAGGGUUUUACAAAAGAGAAGAAAAGGGAGGACUUGGAGAAGUUUGAGCAGACACUCGAGAGUGUCGAGAAGAGUGAAUUUAAGACCACAAAUGAAUCUUCAAACAGUGAAGACCUUCCUUUAAAUAUUUAUGACUGUGGGUCAUCGGAAGAGAGUUUGGAAUAUUCGGAUGAAUCGGAGAACACAAAUUGUCAUAUCAACAAAGAAAAGGAAAACUUUGAAGUGUCCACAUCUACAUCUUCUUCAAUUGAAGAAAUUAUUCAAAAACCUACAAAGCAAAUAAAAGACGAUAAGAAGCCACAAAUAAGUCCUCAAAACAAUUUAAAAAGAAACAAAACACACACAAAACGAUCAAAUUUUUCUGAACAAGAAGACAUUCAAACUCCCAAUUCGAAGCCUCUUGUCGAACUCACUCGACAUUACCAGCAACUUCCUUCACAGUGCGAAAUCGUGAAACAAAUACCUCCUAAGAAGAAAAAGGACUUUAAACUUAAACAGAACGAAAAUAAAGAGAUGUUAGUCACUGUUAAAAAGGAGAAACUGGAAGACUCAAAAACACAAAGAAGUGAUCUAAAGCCCAUUCGAAAGCCAGUUGAGAAAAUACAGAAAUUGUCUUCUCAACUUAUUGAAGAGAAGCCAAAGAGAAAGCGAGGAAGACCACGGAAAGUACCGAAAGAGGAGAAUGAGUAA